CAUCUAAACGCCCGUCGAUGACUGCCGAAGCCGACAUUCGUUCAAUUCUUUCAAGUGCAUUGGACGCAGAUGAGGCCGGUCGUAAGGGGGAAGCAAUCGACUUGUAUGGUCAAGCGGUGGAAAGAAUUCUCCAGCUGGAGGACCGCGAAAAGCGCGAGAAACUUAACAAAUUUGCAAAACAUGCACUCGAACGUGCGGAAGAGCUGAAGGGAAUCACUUACUCGCCGAAGCAUUCCCUCCCACUAGCGCAACAACCCACAAUACCGGUGGCCCUGAAACCGGUGCAGAGUAGUGCCGGGUUAGCAAGCCCGUCUCGUACUGGGCCCGUUCUAGAAAUCAGCGGCAGUCGGCAUGCUUACAGUAGCGAGGAGAAGCGGGUGCUCGAACACACGUCACACAUUAACGCAAAGGUGUACGUACCGUUCAUGGACAUCGAUCUGUUGGAGAAGUUUCACUUUCCACUUCCAUUCACCGAUAAGGAUGGCAAUCUUGAGCUGGCACCAAAGCAGAAGCGUGAUUUUGUGCAGUGGAUUCGAGUAAGCGAGUUGACCGAAAGCCCGCAGCUGAUCGUUGGUGAUCACGCAGAUUUCUACAGCAUCCGCCAAACGGUCGUCUCCGACUGCAGUUUCGUGGCAUCGCUUGCGGUAGCCUCGCAGUUUGAGAAGCGCUUCAAGCGCCGCAUACUGACAUCGAUCAUUUAUCCGCGCAACAGUCGCGACGAACCGGUAUAUAAUCCGAGCGGAAAGUACUCGAUCAGGAUGCACGUGAACGGCAUUCCACGGAAAGUAGUGAUAGACGAUUAUCUUCCGCUUGGGCGCCACAAUCAGCUUCUUUGCUCGUAUUCGAGCAACAAGAACGAAUUCUGGGUUUCGCUGCUCGAGAAGGCGUACAUGAAGUUGAUGGGAGGCUACGACUUUCCGGGUUCGAAUAGCAACAUCGAUCUGCACGCCCUGACAGGCUGGAUACCGGAGCGAGCGUUGGUGAAAUCGACCGAACCGGACUUCAAUGCCGAUGCCGUGUUCGAUCGUCUGCAGGAAGGCUUGAGCAUGGGACGGUGCCUGGUAACGGUGGCCACCGGUGAGCUCACGGAUGCCGAAGCGGAACGCACCGGACUCGUGUCGACGCACGCGUACGCCGUGCUCGAUAUGCGCGAGGUAAACGGUGUGAAGCUGUUACAGCUGAAAAAUCCUUGGUCUCACCUGCGCUGGCGGGGCAACUAUUCGGAGUUGGAUGCGGUUCACUGGACGUCGGAACUGCAGCGAACGCUCGGAUACGAUCCAAAGUUGGCGGCCACGUACGAUAACGGUGUGUUUUGGAUCGACUUUCGGUCGAUAAUGAACUUUUUCGAUGUGUUCUACCUCAACUGGGACCCGACGCUGUUCCAGUACACCUACUGCAUCCACCAGUCGUGGAGUGCAGGCGUGGGACCGACCAAAGAUGCGUACACCGUGGGCGAUAAUCCUCAGUUCAGUCUUACCGUGCCAGCGGGUCGUGGCUCCGUGUGGAUACUGCUAACGCGCCACAUCACCAGUAUAGAGGAUUUUCGCGAAAAUCACGAAUACAUCACGGUGCUAGUUUACGCCAGCGGUGGUAAGCGGGUCUAUUACCCAACCGAACCGCCGCCUUAUAUCGAUGGGGUGCGCAUCAACAGUCCGCACUAUCUAUGUAAGAUCCGGCUCGACCCGAACACCGAGCGGCGCUACACGUUGGUCGUGUCGCAGUACGAGAAAACGGCCACCAUCUACUACUCACUGCGAGCCUACAGUCGGACAAAGUUCGAGUUGAAACAGCUGGAGCGACGAUAUGCGGUGGCCGAGAAUCUCAACGGCGAGUGGAAGGGCAAAACAGCCGGUGGGUGCCUGAACCAUCCGCAAACCUAUCGUAACAAUCCGCUCUACCGGCUACAUAUCGGACCGGCCGCUGCCAGCGAUCUGGUGAUCGAAUUGCGCGGCCCAAAGGUGUACCAAGUAGGGUUGGAUUUGACAGUCGUUUCGUUGGAAGAUUCGACGGUCACAGCACCGUUCGUAUCGCAGAAGACGGGCGUCUAUCGGUCCGGGUUCUGUGUGCUCGAUCUAGAAGGAAUUCCGGCCGGUGUGUAUCAGGUGCGACCGUCCACGUUCCUUCCCGAACAGGAGUCACCGUUCUUUUUGAAGAUAAAAUCUACAACGAAUGUCGUGAUCGAAAAGGUGACCUAAGCAUCGACGCCGCCAGACUGUUCGCUGAGACGACAAAACGAGAUAUUGAAGUGAUUACGUCGGACGUACUGGAUUGUUUCAUACUAUUUUGUUGUAUAUUUAUUCAUUUUAAUGGAAGUAUGUAGACGGCUUAUGAACGGAACGUUACUUAUUUACCUUUCA